AUGAAGAUCAAUCAUAAAAAUCGAGGACGCGGUAAGAUUUCGCGACCAGAGAAUAUACAUCAGGAUAGUGGGGAUGUGACCGCGGGAAUGCUUAUCUCCGAAAUCACACAACAGACAUUUUCUCAGUCCGCGGGACAAACAACACGCGACGCGACGCCAAAAAAGAUGAUACGCCAGGGGAAGGAUGAGCAAAUGGAUCCAUCGAAAAUCCGUCUGAUUGCAGAUCUUGGACGGUCCGGUUGGCGCCCUCCAGUCACUACCCUGCUCGCCAUUGCAGGCAUUUCUUUUAAGCAUAUUUUCAGCAUGUACCACUGGACAGGGGGUGCGCGGGAAUUUAUUUCGGGGAAUCAGACAAAGUUUGCCUCAAACUCUGGAGAUCCUGAAGUCAAUCGAUGA